GUGCGGAUCCGAUCAGCUGGCAAACACCGCGGGGCGAACAAAUAUCCGGAAGGCGGUCACCACUCCGCAAUCUGUUUAAACUUGGCUGUCAGCGCUUACGAAGUUUAUAACACACCGCAAAGCUAUAUCAUCCUUCAAGUCAGUUUCCAAGUCGCCAGGGGUCCCACAUGUGCUACCGGUACGCAGUGAGUCUGCGGAUGUGUCAGGCACUACAGGAAGAUUGUGGCUACUCACUGAUAUUUCCUGUCACGCCGGCACGUACGUUAUUAUUGUGUGGUACAUCGUUGCGUGCAGACACGAGCCUCGCGGUCGGCACUCAUUCGUAUUCGUCUCGGCCGGUCCAGGGCCCUACUCCGAUCCGAUCUAUAGAUUUGGCGGCUGGCCACACGAGGAAUUCCUAGAUCCGGGGACAGCCUUGCAGUUGUGAAUAGCACCUGUGGACUGAUCAAGCCGCCCACUUUGUCUGUGGCAGUUCUUCUGAAGUAGUUGUCUCAUGAGCGUUGCCUACCCUAAAAAAGAUCAAAGAUCAAUGAGUCGCCUCUCCAGUCCAUACAGACAACAAUGGGCAGAAGAACUGCAAUGAAUCAUCUAGUCAAGUAGUUUUCCUAACACUUAACACCUUUGUUCAGACUACUACAACGGCUUCCCCUCUGCUGCUCUGCUGCAUUUCUAUUCGGGUAGUCCAAGUUCUCUGUGAGUCACAAUGUUUGCUCCUUGGAUACGAACACUGAGCAAGAAUCUGUUUGGCCGCUACCUCCUGGUGACCAACGUGGUGAGUUCAGGAGCUCUGCUGGCCACAGGGGACAUCAUUCAACAGACCAUUGAGCUGGCAGGUGCCAACAACGGACAGAAGAGGGACUGGAGAAGAACAGGGCGAAUGUGCGUGAUAGGCACCAUGAUGGGGCCCUUCAACCACUUCUGGUACAAGAUGUUGGACUUCUACCUGCCAGGCACCACUUUCUACACCAUCACCAGGAAAAUUCUCUGCGACCAAAUCGUUGCUGCUCCAUUCUUUGCUUCGUUUUUCUUGAUAGGUAUGGGUAGUCUAGAAGGAGAAUCCAUUGAAACCAGUAUAGCUGAUCUCAAAAAAAAGUUCUGGGCUAUAUACUUGGCUGACUGGACUGUUUGGCCUCCAGCACAAGCCAUCAACUUCUACUUCGUGCCAAGCCACCUGCGGGUGAUCUAUGUCAACUGCAUGACCCUGGGCUGGGAUACAUACCUGUCUUAUAUCAAACACAGGGAUGCCAAUGGGAAGAAGGCGGCAUUGCUUGAGAAGGAAGACAUCAUUCUUUCACCCAACGUAGAGAUAAAUGGAAACAUCAACAAAGCUCAAUAGCACACAUCAUUCUGGUGUCAACAAAAUUACUGCCAUCGUGGAAAACAUGACAGCCACAUGUUGCCCAGGGUCAAGGGUUGAAAUCUAUUUAUGGAGGUACAAACAGUUGAAAAAUUGCUGCAAAACUUUUAUUUCAAAUGUUAUAAAAAGAUUUUUGAUUCAGCAAGUCAAAAAAGAAAAUUGUUGGCAUUUCUCAACUUUUAUUUCUUAGUGUUUUAGAUUUUAUAGAAGCUUAUGUAAACAGAAGUAAAAAUUACAUGUAUAUGAAUUGCUAGCCAAAAAGAUGACAUUCCUGAUGAAUGGAUAAUCUCAGGACGGGUUGAACAAUGAUCUAGUGUUUUCUUUCAUUACCAAAGAAAAUUGUCCAAGAGUAGGAAAGGACCUUUAACAUUAUAUUCUCAAACUAAAUGUAUGACAA